UCUGUGGCCGUACCACUGCAGCAGGGGGGGAGGAAGGGCGCUACCACGUGUGCGGGAGGGGGAGGCGGGCAGCUCUGGGAUGGGAAAGUAGUGAGGCAAUGGCACUCGUGCCAGGGGCUGUCUCUGGCCCGUGCCCGCCUCCCUCUCACUGCCUUGCCCCAGGUGCAGCUCAGAGCAGUUGGGAGCAGGUGACAGUAACGGUUGGGGGCUGAGCGACCACUGUGCUGCUGCUGCUGCUUCCAUGGAGGUGCCCUGGUUGCUGCUGGCCUCUGCUCUGCUCCUGCCCUCCUGCAGGGCCACCAACCCCCUGCCCAUCCUUUCCCCGCCACUGACCAUGGUGGUGUCAGGGCAGCAGUGGCGGCUGGUGGUGUGUGUGGUGAGCGAGCUGCCCGCAAGCUCCGGCCAUGCCGUCUGGAUCUCCAGUGGGAACAGCAGCGCUUUGCAGUCCUUUGCCUACGGGGCUUCGCAGGAGGAGGGUGGCACCAUCUGUGCAGUUUCCAUCCUCCCUGACAGUCCCAUGGAGCAGGAGCUCCUGGCGUGCCAUGUUGGGCCCAACAGCAGCGCUCCAGCCCAUAGCUCCAACCUCAUCCCACUUGCAGGCAGCGAUGAGGAGGCAGAGCUGUGUCCCAGAACCCCCGCGGGUGAGUGCGACGGGGACGACGUGCCUUUCGGGGGAUGCCAUAGGGCCUGCAGCCACGCUGCUGUCCCCUCUGUUUCAGAGCCCCGCGCCUGUGCUGCCGUAGCCCUGCUGGUGGCCGCGCGGGUGGUGCUGCUGAAGGCCGCGCUCCUCGACGCCCUGCUCACCGCCCUGCUCCUGACCCGGCGCUGAGGGACCAGGCCGGGCAGGGAGGAGUCCCCCGGAACGAGGGGCAGACCCAGUAUGGGUGAAGGUGUGGGAGCGGAGCGGAGAGGAGCCCGCGGAAC